CCUGUCUCUCCUGCCCUGUGCCUGUUUCCGAAAUGCAGAGGCUCUGUAAAAUAACUGAUUCCCUUUUUAUUUCCAAUGCUCGGUCAGCGUGUAAUUGUGAGUUUCUAUGCAAGGAGGGGAUCACUCUGUGCAUUAAUGUGUCCAAACAGCAGCCUUUCCCUCAUCUAGAGCUCAGCACUAUUAGGGUGCCAGUUCAUGAUCAACCAACAGAAAAACUCUAUGAGCAUUUUGACUGCUGUGCUGAUGCUAUUGAAGGAGCUGUAACUAGUGGGGGACAUGCUGUGGUAUACUGCAAAAAUGGCCGCAGUCGGUCUGCAACUAUCUGUGUGGCCUACCUGAUGAAGCACAGAGGUCUUGGGCUUCUGGAUGCAUUUCAGAUGGUAAAAAAUGCACGCUCAGUAGCGGAGCCAAAUGAAGGGUUUUGGACACAACUUCAAAGGUAUGAAGAAGAGCUGAGAGAAAGGAUGGCACCUAAAGAAAAACAAAUCCAUGAACUCACAAAUGAGAAUUCUGUACUGCUGCUGGAAACAAGUAUAAAUGGAAUGAGCACCUAAUACAAUGAUUGUCUUCAGUGUCUUAAAGGAACACUGCCUUAAGGGAAUCACAAUAGAUUACUGUAUGCCUGCAGAGAUGAAGAAUAAUGCAAUUUUAGAUGAAAUGGACAUAAAACAGCUUGUUGAAAAAGAGCUAAGAUUGGUGUCCAAGCUUCCAAUAAAAAUUACUGUGCUAAACUACUUUCUAGAAUACUGUAACACACUAUAUAGGGAUGAUAUACAUAAUGAACAAAAUAUAAGCCAUUUGAAAUUC